AUGCGGUCACGGUGGUGCGGUUCAUGUGUUUACGUGGGGCGUCAGGUUGCGAAGCUGCCCAGGGAUAAGGGAGGUCUCUGUAUUCCCGACCUGGGCCUCAUGGCCAACGCCAUGAAGCCCAGGAAAUGGCUGGCUACAUCGGUUCAAGUGACCCUGCUUUUCCUGCCACCCAACACAACGUCGAAAGUGCAACCGCUUGACUUGGGCAUAAUCCAGGCGUUUAAGGCUUACUAUAGGCGCCGCGUUGUGGAGCGCAUGCUCGUAGCUGUUGACCGGCUGGCAGCCAACCUGCCGCUUCGGGUGUCGCUGUACUCAGCUCUGGAGAUGGUAAAGGCUUUGUGGGCGGAGGUAAUGGCUACAUGUGUGCAAAACUGUUUCCGCAAGGCCGGCUUCGCCGACGUCGGAGCCGAUGCCGACCCUGAAGCUUCCGAAGAGGACCACUCCGGCGGCGAUUUGUGGCAGCGUGUUGUCAACUCUGACAUGGGAGGGUGGGACAUCUGCUGGGAUGAUUUUGUUAUGGCCGAUGAUGAUGCCGACAUUGCGGAACCGUGUACGGAUGAGGGCAUUGUCAAUGAAGUGCGCGGCAAGAGCAACUCUGAGGAAUCAGAUGACGACGACGAUGAAACGUUGGAGCCAGCGCCCACAAGCGUGCCUGUAGCAAUUGGCUACAUAGAUAGCCUCAGGCAACUUGUCUAUGCCAAAAGCCUCGGCGAGGAGUAUGCUGCCGCUUUGAAUAAACUGGAGACCACCCUUAUGGCAUCGGCACUCUCGAAGCAGACGUGCCUCACAGACAUUUUUGCAAAAAAAUAA